AUGAAGCUCACGAUCAAAAGUCUAGGCGGCUCCAACUUUCAGUUGGAUGCUGAGCCCUCGGACACAGUGAGUGCGGUCUCUUUGUGCAUGCCUCUGGUUCUCUCAUGCUGAUGAGGACAAUCCGCGCAUCAUAGAUUGCCACCAUCAAGUCAAAGAUUCAAGCUUUGCAGGGUCAUGCGGUGGAGCAGCAAAAGUUGAUUCACAGUGGCAAGAUUCUGACAGACGGACAGACAGUAGAGUCAUGCAAGAUGAAGGAGAAAGACUUCUUAGUAGUUAUGGUGUCAAAGGUGAGGAAGCCGAGCGCUGUACCGGGAUGGUCAAUUGAGGUUGCCGCCAAGAGUUCAUGGCACUCGCUGGCUUGGUGGUGGCCGCAUUCAACCACUCAUUACUGAACGCUUGCACAUGCUCCCUGCAGCCAAAGGCUCCAAAGCCUGCAGAGACCCCUGCUGUGCCUCCCGCAGCUUCGGCUGGCUCGGAGUCGUCAAGCUCUGGCCUCACCACCUCUGUUCCUUCCGCAGCAGCGCCGCCCACUGCCUCAGCCUCCGAAGGCGCGACCUCGACGGCUUCCGACCCGUCCACUGCGGCCGCCGCUGCGGCAGGAUCUGAGACUUCCUCUACUACUGCUACUGGACCCGGCUCUUCCUUCCGUGAGUAUCCUGUCUCCUCGCAGUAGACGCAAGCACCUGAUCACUCACACCGGUCGCGUGCUAUCUUUUUCGCUCAAGUCUCGGGAGCUGCACUCGAGGCCGCGAUCACAAAUAUCACCGAGAUGGGGUUCGACAGGUCAGAGGUGCAAAAGGCGUUGCGCGCUUCGUACAAUAACCCUGAUCGCGCAGUAGAGUACCUAAUGACUGUGAGUGUCAAGUCUAAAAUUGCAUUGCGCGCAUUCAUUUACGCUUGAAUGGAUGUGCAGGGUAUCCCGGAAAAUGUUGGACAACAACAAGCACCGCCUCAGGCUCAGCCAACCCAAGCUCCAAGCACCGGUGCAGCCGAACCACCUCCUACUCCUGCUGGACAGACUGCCGAGACGGCCAGCACAACGGGUGAACAGCAACCACCCACCGUAGCCCCUUCUGCCGGCGCGGCCGUGGCAACAGCGCCCCAAGCUCGCCAGCCUGCUGCUGGCGGUGGCAACUUGUUCGAGCAAGCCGCUGCAGCGGCCCAAGGUGGCAGAGGUGGUGGAGCUGCUGGUGCAGGAGGCGCAGGUCGGGGAGCUGGCGGCGCGCCGGGAGGACUUCCAGGCGAGUCGGACGGUCGUGGCGGUCAAGUGAUCGAUCUUGCAAAUCCCGCCAUGCUUCAACAAUUGAGACAAUUGGUUCAGCAAAAUCCGGCCGCGUUGCAACCUUUGGUGCAGGCGAUUGCGCAGAGCAACCCUCAAUUGGCCGAGGCUAUGGCUCAAGAUCCUGAGGGCGUGCUCUCCAUUCUGGCGGCCGGAGGCGGUGGUGCUGGCGACGAUGACGAACAGGUUGGCAUGGUAAGUGUUGCAACCUGAUGGCAGCCUCAACUACGUCCGUCGACAUUGCCGCAGCCUAGUGACACAGUCACAUCGAUCGUCCUUCGAAAUCGCAGGAUGAGCUCAGUCCAGAAGACCAAGAGAAGGUACAGCAGGUAAGUAUAAGCAAGUCACCUGUACAGCUGCCAUGUCGCUGACCUCUUCGGUCUACUUGCAGAUUUGCGCAAUGGGCAUUCCAGAAGACAGGGCCAUUGAAGUGUUUUUAAUGUGCGAUCGCAACGUUGAACUAGCAGUCCAGUACUACUUUGGUAAGCGCACCUGCACUGAGCUGCCACGAUUUGCUCGAACGCUUGCAGCUGCUCAAUACCUGCUGCCCCUUUCCAAUCCGCUUUGUCUUCUCAGAAAAUCCAGGUAAGCAGUCAGCUUUGGGAAAGAAUAGUCAUGACAUCCAGGUCAUCACCUGCUGACCAUGAAAAUGUUUCCUUUGCAGGCGACUUCGAUGACUAA